UCUCUGCCGCCUUCUUCUGGCGCACAGGAGUUUAACUUGUGCUCUCAUACAGGUAACUUACGACCGUCCACCGGUAAUCGUUUCGGGGGAAAAAAAACCCCGGCUCGGGUUAAUUUGUUUCUCGCGGUACCGUCAGGACGGAAGUCUGAGCAGCGCGCGUGCCGAGCCGCAGUCAGUGACAUUGACGUGUAGUGUCGUUGUGGCGCUGUGCACGAGUCGAUGUGUGCACGGUAACGCGCGGCGGCUCCGGAGCGCUUCCCCUGCAGUUCCCCCCGGCGUCUGCGACAAUGAGCGAAUACUUCAGCCUGUCGGACAGCGACGUUAUCGGCUUCGACCUGGACCACACGCUCUGCCGCUACCACCUGAAGGAGACCUCCAGGCUGAUCUAUGAGAGCUUCGCCAGGUAUCUGGUGGAGCAUAAAGGCUAUGACAAGGACCUGCUCAACCUAACCCCUGCGACCUGGGAUUUCUGUUUUAAAGGACUUGUGGUGGAUCUGGAGGACGGAAACCUUGUGAAGCUGGCUGAGGAUGGAACUGUCCUGCGAGCGACACAUGGAACCAAUGAUCUCAGCACAGAAGACAUCAUUAAGCAUUAUGGUCCAAAGAGGGAGUGGAAGCACUUCAACAGCCUCAAUACCUCCUUCACAAGAUCUGCAAAAUACUAUUUCUAUGACAACUACUUCGAUCUACCUGGGGCUCUCCUCUGUGGAAGAGUUGUGGACAUGUUGCGCAAGCGAGGAAAUGAGGUGAAUUCUGACUUUUGGAAAGACAUGGUUGCUGCCAUCGACCACAAUUACAACACAGCUGCAUUCAAAGCGGACACAGGGACGUACUUCCCCAGUGUGAAGAGGGACCCGGGCCGGUACCUGCAGCCCUGCUCCGACUCCGUCAAGUCCUGGCUGCGCAGCAUGAAGAGCGCCGGGAAGGUCCUCAUCCUCAUCACCAGCUCCCACAGUGACUACUGCAGGCUUAUCUGCGAACACAUCCUGGGGAAGGAUUUCGAGGAGCUAUUUGACGUCAUCAUCACAAACGCCUUGAAGCCCGGUUUCUUCUCCUUGGUGCCCCAGCAGAGGCCCUUCAGGACCCUUGUGAACGACGUGGAGGAGAGCGAGGGGCUGCCGUCGCUGGACAAACCCGGCUGGUACUCCCAGGGCAACUGGCCGCACCUCCACGAGCUGGUUAAGACCAUGACGGGCAAACCAGAGCCAAAGGUGGUGUAUUUUGGAGAUAGCAUGAGGUCGGACAUGUUCCCCGCCAGCAGCUUCGGGAAGUGGGAGACGGUGAUGAUCGUGGAGGAAAUGGAGGGGGAGGGCGUCCCGAAGAGUGACGCGGCGGUGUCCAACGAGGCCCAAGUGGAGCCGCUGGAGAAAAAGGGAAAGUUUGAGGGCAUGAAGUCGCCCUCCGAUGCGUCCAACCAGUGGGGCUCCUACUUCGUCGACGUGAGCCAAAGCGGAGGAGGGGACGAGGAGAGCCAGAAACUGACCUGGUGCUGCCACAGCAUCCACAAAUACAGCACCAUGGCCAUCCCCAGUGUGGAGCACAUAGCAGAUCUCCCUCUGGACUACAAGUUCCCCAGAUUUUCUCCCGACAAGCCCUGCACCACCGGCUACUACCCCAGGCCCCCGGAUUCUUUGCUCAAGAGGUGUGAGAGUCUGUCCUAAAAAAAAGAAGAAGAAAGAAAAAAAAAAGGAAGGAAAAAGAAGGAAACAAAGUCCUCCCUUAGCCCUUUGCCUCAGGAGAGGAAUGUGCCUCCAUUUUUUGCCUGUAGUUUCCCAUCUGACCCCGCUGCCGUCUGUGGAGCACAGGACGCAUACACCCCUCACCCGUUCAGAGAAACCUUGUGAAUCCACAGUAUCUCUCUGUAAUGACGCCUACAUUUGAACGUUGUUUCGUGGUUUAGUGUACCGUACACGUGGAAAUAUGACAAAAUAAUGGUGUGUGUGUGUCUGCAUACAUACAGUAACAACAGGAAAUAUAGUGUGUUUGUUGUUUCAUGCGUGAUGCCCUAUGGUAGAUCGUUUCUUUGAACAUUUUCAAAAUAAAGUGAACAUUUCACUGUCUCUUUAUCCCUGAAGUGAAUACCUCAAGAUAGUUCUCCACUGUAAACGGUACACAGAUGGUCACAGUGUGUUUGUCCUGAAAAAAAAUCUUCUAGAGUCAUUGUGUCUGUAUUUCAGUACAUCAGUUAUUGUGAGGUCCUCCUUUUGUAAUCAUAUGGUUUUAUUGUAUGCCUUUUAGUAACCUUAACAUUAGGUCUAAGGUGUACCGUUUCCCCUGUGUCCGUUUCGUAGAAGGUGUUGAUCCCUGAUCAGGUCAUUGUCCUUUUGUGUUGGCUGGCUCAAAAAAACACAACUUUGGGAAACAUUUAAUAAUAGUAACAAUAAUAGUUGAUGAUGAAGACUAUGCUAGAUGUUCUCUGUAUUAUCAGUAUUAUUUUGGUGCAAUGGUGACAUGUGCUCUUUGGGUGAUUGUGUAAAAACGUGGACUACUUGUGCUUCAUUCAUAUGCAGUACAAUAUGCCUUGCCGACCUCUGAAUGGGUAUUUUGUCGGUUUGCGUAGUAUUUCGGAAACACUCUGUGGACUUCUGUUUGUUUCUCUUGUGUCACCCAAGAUUGAUUUCAUACUCAUCUCUGCACAACCGGGAAGUGUUUAGCCUAGCUUAGCAUUAAGACCGGACCACUUUUAGCCUCAAGGUGCAACAACUCCAAAACUUGUUGUUGCUUGCCGCCACAUCAUUGGGGGUUUUCUGAUCAAGUCUAAAUGUACGUCUCUUAUUGUGAAAGCAAAUUCAUACACAUCAAGUUUGGGUAGGUUUUCUACGGUUCUGUUCCAUAUGAGGCCCAAAAUAUCCAUUACGAUUGUUGUUUGACCCUGACAACAGAGGACACUCCAGGUGCUACAUGUUGGCACUGUAACCUUUUCUGACCAAGUCAUUUAAACUGCUUUAAGUUUGUCCGUGAAUUCCUCGAUGUUACUUCUCAUACGGCUUGGUUUCAUCUGUUUUGCACUCGGCUACUUUGCUAACUACUAACUUUGCGUUGGGGAACCGCAAUAGUUUUCUGAAGGUGCAGGCAAUGGUACAAAGUGACCAUGCAUUCUUUGAACUGAGCCACUGCAUUGCAGGUUAGGCCUAUUGUGCUUUUUUGGGGGGGCCUACAAUUAGCUGCUGCUGGUCUCAGAUGAGUUCAUUUUUCAUUUAUGAAAUAGGCUAACUGGACUUUUUUUUAUUUAUUAACAUUGUUUCAACAGGCUGGCCUCACUCCCAGGGCGUUUAAUACCGAUGCUUGGGCCGUGGUCCGAGGCGUCUUGAGACCAACUGACGUAGUAUUAAGAGCACUAAAGUUAGGGAUGGUGGAUAGGUGAAAAAAUAAAAUAAAAUAUGCGUGACUUUUACUCAGAGGGCUGGCGUUUGUAAAAAACGAAAGAUGUGCUAUUUUUCAGACAUUGCCGCCAGGCGACUGAGUCGCAUCACACCCUAAGUUACGUAAUAAGCAAAGUUAUUUUAAGCUAAAAGAUGAGGUUUGUUUUUUCUAACCUUCACCAAGUAGUUGUGUGGCCUGAACCUAAACGCUAGCGCGUCACAAUGUUGACCUCAAGCUACCCCCCUGCGUCAAGAUACGACGCAAAAGGCUUCCCCAAGUGGCAAAGGUGACGAGUAGGGCCAAGUUCACGUUACAGCUACAUGAACAAGAAACAAAAUGUAUCCAUGCAACUAUUUGAGGAAGUUAGAAGGAGUUUGAUGGCGGUUCGGUAGCUUCUUGGCUAGCUGCUAGCUAGUGUCAGCUAUCUUGUGCUAAACUGGGUUUAACAUCCCGGACCGAUCUCUAUGGUAACCACAUAGAGACAACACUGGUUUCCAUCUUCUCGUCUGAUCAAAUAAAAGCAUUAAAAAAAACUUUCUUUUUAGAUGGCCGUGAUCUCACAAGGGAGGAGAGAAUAUUUUGACAAUAAGUAGCAUAUAGCUGUCGUGUGUGUGAGAUUGGUCAUCCAAAGGGAAUUGUUACUUUUGCCGUGUGUGAAGGUUGUGUAUGCAUACGCCUGUGGUGAUUCUCCUCUUCUUUUCUCAUCCAACUUGGAAAAUUUGACAUGCACAUUUGCCUAUGUUGGAUUCAUUUGUGGUCUUAAGUUCUUGAAAACACAGAAAGUUAAAUUCUGUGUUCAAGUGUACUGUCGAUGAAAUAAAAAUGUUCUACAAUUUUCUUA